AUGCUACGUCUGGCCCCUCUGUACGGUCUCUUUCCUGACCUUUGGUUGGCUAUAAAGCAUGGCGUCCCACGAACAUGGGGAACUAUCAUAGCUCAGCCCAGGUUACUAUUUUAUCCCUCGGAGCUGUCCCGCCUCUUCUUCUCCUUCGUUUGGGAAAAAUUUGCACCAAUGGUUGAUGAGGGAGCCAGAGAAGUAAAGGAAUCACUGGUUCGACCUCAUGCAUAUGGGGUUGUCCUCGACAUUGGGGCUGGCCAUGGACAUACGAUUCCCUAUUUGGACCGUACCCGGGUGACCAAGUACAUAGCGAUCGAACCAAAUGUCCGUAUGCACAACGAGAUUCGAGACAUGGCACAGAAACACGGAUACAAGGCAGAAGAGGUUUUUGUUUUGGGAUGUGGGGCAGAGGAGGCUGAAGUGAUACUGGCCACGUUGGGUGGAGAGCAUUGUGUGGACACAAUCGUUUCGAUCCUUACGCUAUGCACUGUUCCCGAUCCUAAGGCCGCAGCAUCUGCAUUAAUCAAAUCAGUGUUAAAAUCAGGCGGACAAUUCUUGUGGUACGAGCAUAUAGCUAAUCCCUUACCAGAUGUUCGAACAUGGCAGCGGCUACUUACGCCCCUUUGGGCGGCCGCAUUUGACGGAUGUCGAUUGGACCGGGAUACACCCGCGAUAAUGUUGUCUGCCGGAGCGUGGGAAACGACCGAUAUGUGGGACAAGCCUGGAGAGAAGCAAGCAGAUAAUAUGUUUUUUCAUCAGGUUGGGCGAUUUGUCAAAGCGUGCGAGCAAUAG